AUCCUUCCAGCCUGGAGAGAAGCUCCUUGUUGACCCUCAGGGCAGGAACAAGCUCUUCCAGCCUUGGUCCGGCCAGGAUCGGCCCUCGUUCCCAGUGCCGGAGCAGCCAGAGUCCCGCUCGCUCCAGCAGCAUCUCCAGGAGAGGCCGGCGGGAUGGUUCACGGCCAAGGAGGAGUCAAGUUCCAGAACUGGGCCAAGACCUAUGGCUCCUCUCCAGAGCUGUGCUUCCAGCCCACCUCGGUGGAGGAGAUCCGGGAGAUCCUGGAUAUGGCCAGGCAGAGGGACAAGAGGGUGAAGGUGGUGGGGGGCGGCCACUCUCCUUCGGACAUUGCCUGCACCGAUGACUUCAUGAUCCAGAUGGGGAAGAUGAACAGGGUCCUCAAGGUGGACAAGGAGAAACAGCAAGUGACGGUGGAAGGUGGGAUUUUCCUCUCGGAUCUGAACGUCGAGCUGAGCAAGCACGGGCUGGCCCUGGCCAACUUAGGAGCCGUUUCUGAGGUGGCAGCAGCCGGUGUGAUCGGGACGGGGACACACAACACCGGGAUCAAGCACGGCAUCCUCCCCACCCAGGUCGUAGCACUCACAUUGCUGACAGCCUCAGGGGACAUCCUGGAGUGCUCUGAGUGCAUCAAUGCAGACAUCUUCCAGGCUGCCCGCCUGCACCUUGGCUGCCUGGGCGUCGUGCUCACGGUGACCUUCCAGUGCGUGCCCCAGUUCCACCUGCACGAGGUGGCCUUCCCCUCCACUCUCACCGAGGUCCUCGAUCAUCUUGAUGACCACCUGAAGAGAUCCCAAUACUUCCGAUUCCUGUGGUUCCCUCACAGCGAGAACGUCAGUGUCAUCUACCAGGAUCCCACCAACAAGCCCCCCUCUUCCUCUGCCAGCUGGCUGUGGGAUUAUGCUGUUGGCUACUAUUUGCUGGAGUUUCUGCUCUGGAUCAGCACCUUCGUGCCCAGCUUGGUGUGCUGGAUCAACCGCUUCUUCUUCUGGCUCCUCUUCAGCUCCCGGGUGGAGAACAUUGCCAUCAGCUACAAGAUCUUCAACUAUGAGUGUCGUUUCAAGCAGCACGUUCAGGACUGGGCCAUCCCCAUUGAGAAGACGAAGGAAGCCUUGCUGGAGCUGAAAACCGCCUUGGAGAACAACCCCAAGAUGGUGGCUCACUACCCCGUGGAGGUGCGCUUCGCUCGGGGUGACGAGAUCUGGCUGAGUCCUUGCUUCCAACGGGACAGCUGCUACAUGAACAUCAUCAUGUACAGGCCCUACGGGAAGAACGUCCCCCGCCUCAACUACUGGCUGACCUACGAGGGCAUCAUGAAGAAGCACGGUGGCAGACCACACUGGGCAAAGGCCCACAGCUGCACCAGGAAGGACUUUGAGAAGAUGUACCCAGCCUUCCCCAAAUUCUGCUCGGUUCGGGAGAAGCUGGACCCCACAGGGAUGUUCCUGAACACCUACCUGGAAAAGGUGUUUUACUGAUGGGGGCGAUGUGAGGGGAUGGAGGAAAAAUCAGCCAUCGGCCCCAGUUCUCGGGACACCCCAAAGCUCAUGGUGGUCCUCCAUGGUCCCAAGGUGCUGCACUCCCAGCUCUGCCCUCAUGUCGUGACAGCAGGCAGCAAGGGCUGGCCCCACGGGCAGGGGCUUGCUCUGAUCUUGAUGUUAACAAGGCUCUGCCUGGAAAUCUCCCCUGGAAACCAGCAGCUUGGGGGUACCAUGUCACCCCAAAACCUGUACAGCCCCAAGUGCCUCCUGUCCAAGCCAACAUCUCAAUAAAGACCUUUCUUCAAGCAGA